CAAAGGAAGCUUCUCGCUUGUCAGUAUCAUCUUCUUCAUCUCGGAACGAAAAAAAAACGUUGCUCUCUCCCUCUCUCUCUCACUCUUCUCUCAAGGGUUUCAAUUUCCCGCGCAUUAUAGACGACGAAAACAUGGCUCCUAAAACGGAUAACACAGAAGCGAUCGUUCUCAACUUUGUAAACGAGCAAAACCGACCUCUGAACACCCAAAACGCAGCUGAUGCUCUGCAGAAGUUUAGCCUCAAGAAGACUGCUGUUCAGAAAGCGCUUGAUAGCCUCGCUGAUGCUGGCAAAAUCACUUUUAAAGAGUAUGGCAAGCAGAAGCUGUACAUCGCUAGGCAAGACCAGUUCGAGAUUCCAAACACUGAAGAGCUUGCUCUGAUGAAAGAAGAAAACGCAAAGCUUCAAGAACAGGUUCAGGAGAAGAGGAAGACAAUCAGUGAAGUGGAGUCAGAAAUAAAGAGCUUGCAGUCAAACUUAACACUAGAGGAGAUACAAGAGAAAGAUGCUAAGCUAAGGAAAGAGGUUAGGGAAAUGGAAGAGAAACUGCUCAAACUACGUGAAGGUGUUACAUUGGUGAGGCCGGAAGACAAGAAGGCUGUUGAAGAUAUGUACUCUGACAAGAUCAAUCAGUGGAGAAAGCGUAAGAGGAUGUUCAGAGACGUUUGGGAUACUGUCACUGAGAAUUUUCCAAGAGAUAUUAAGGAGUUUAAGGAGGAGCUUGGAGUUGAAUAUGAUGAAGAUGUCGGCCUAAGUCUGCAGGCUUAUUCUGAUCUGAUUCCACAUGGUAAAAAGAGGGGCAGAGGGCAGUAACUUUCAGGUUUACUUACCUCAGUGGACGUAGAAGAAGCUUCUUCAAGUUUCAAAACGAUGUUAUUUUCUGCAGCAAUCUCCUUCAAUACCUUCAUCCUAGCUUCUCUCGGUGGAUGUCUUGUCGACAACUUCUGAAUGAUCUAUAGUAUAACACC